AUGUGGCUACCAGCUAUGGCGACCCUGGUCACUCCAACCACGUUAAUGACACUGAUGCUGAUGCGGUUCUUUUCUACGCGUCUGAGCAAUGGUUCCGCCCACAAAUAUCAAUGGAGCAAGGUCUCUGAUAUAGUCAAUCAGGUCCAAACUGUCGUUUUGACUGUCUUGGCCACAGCAGCACUUGGACAACUCUUUCCCAAUAGAAUUCUCUCAUGUCAGCUGGAGCAACAAUGGCAGGCUUACUUCCGGUCGAAGAAUGCACAUGCCGUCCGCUCGAUACAGGAUGAGUUCCGAUGCUGUGGUCUUAGAAGUCUGCGCGAUAGGGCGUGGCCUUUCAAGGACCAGAACCACGGAGACAACGCAUGUGAAUUGCAGCUGGCAUAUCAGAGGAGUUGUCUCAAACCUUGGGGGGAGCACCAGCAAAGUACCGCCUGGAUGAUUUUUGCAGCGGCUGUGCUUGGUUUCGUGGCAAAGAUCGCAUUAGCUCAGCUCUCUGCAUACCAAGCGAGUUGGCUGAGCACACAAUCUGCCAGCAGGGGCCCUGGUUUCUGGCGGAUCUCGCAUCAAGCGGUGCAGCAAGAAGAGGAUGUGGACGGUGCUGACGAGGGGUCACGGGGAGCGUUGCUGCCCCAUUCAAAUAUCAACUGCAGAAACGACUGGCAGGAAGAUUAA